AACGAGCAUCUCCCAUCACUAUUUCUGCGCUGUUUAAUUUGUAUUGUACUUUUCUGCGAUGGUGGGCUCCAAUUUCGGAAUUAUUUACCACAACAGCGCCGGUGGCGCAGGCCAUGUAAACCAUGGACAAUCCUCAGGAGGAGGGGGCGGAGGAGAUCGGGAGAGGACCACACCAGCUUCCCAUCUCAGCGACUUCAUGUCGCAGCUGGAGGAUUAUACUCCAUUGAUUCCGGAUGCGGUGACCUCGCACUAUCUGAACAUGGGAGGAUUCCAGUCGGACGACAAGCGAAUCGUUCGGCUGAUCAGCCUUGCUGCCCAGAAGUACAUGUCGGACAUCAUCGACGAUGCACUGCAGCACUCCAAGGCCCGCACUCAUAUGCAAACUACCAAUACACCGGGCGGAUCGAAGGCUAAGGACCGCAAGUUCACCCUGACCAUGGAGGAUCUACAGCCGGCUUUGGCCGACUACGGCAUUAAUGUUAGGAAAAUGGACUAUAGUCAGUAGUUAAUGGCAGACUGAGCCUUAUAUUAGUACUAAUGCUUUUAUUCUCAUUAAAAAGAAUGUAUCUUAAA